CUGUCAGGAAUUGCGUCUGGCCUUUGUGCUUGAGGACGCAGAGGUCCGGAUCAUUAACCUGGGGUGUUGGGGGAGGCUGGGAUACCGUACUCCAGCCAGGGGUAGCCGCGAUUUUUGCUUUCGUUUUGCUGGUCUAGUGAGGCCGAUGUGCGGCCGCGUCUCAGUGCCUAGAGCGUCGGAUAAAGUGCGGCUUUGUCUUCGCAAGCGGGACUGCGCCGGGUGCGGGGUGCGCGCCGUGGGGCGUGCGGGGAGCGUGGGGUGCGCGCCGCGGGGCUCCCUCCGUCUGCCGCUCUAAGCAUCCCUGGGACGCAGGUGCCUGUUUCGUGGCUUUGGAUCGUGUUUUGCACCAGCUAUGCUGAGAUUCCUUCGCCGGACCCUGGGCCGACGGUCCAUCCAGAAAAACACCGAGAAGGUCCGGCUCCGAGAAGCACAGAGAUCCAGGGAAGCACAGAGAUCCAGCACGCACAUCCCGGCGGCAGGCGACGCCAAGUCGGUGAUCACCUGCCGGGUCUCCUUGCUGGACGGCACCGAUGUGAGCGUGGAGCUGCCGAAAAAUGCCAAAGGGGAGGAGCUCUUUGAGCAGAUCAUGUACCACCUGGACAUCGUGGAGAAGGACUACUUCGGCCUCCGCUUCAUGGACUCGGCACAAGUAGCGCACUGGCUGGACGUGACAAAAAGCAUAAGAAAACAAGUGCAAAUCGGGCCUCCAUAUUGCCUCCACUUGAAGGUGAAGUUCUACUCCUCAGAGCCCAGCAACCUUCGUGAGGAGCUGACCAGGUACUUAUUUGUGCUUCAGCUAAAGCAGGACGUCCUUAGUGGAAAACUGGAAUGCCCUCCUGAUGCAGCAGUGGAGUUGGCAGCCUUCUCGCUGCAAGCUGAGUUGGGCGACUUUGACCCGGCUGAGCACUCCCUGGAGCUGGUGUCCGAGUUCCACUUUGUCCCCAACCAGACAGAGGACAUGGAGCGUGCUGUCCUCAACACUUGGAAGAGCUGUAGUGGCCAGUCACCAGCGCAAGCUGAGAUCAGCUACCUGAACAAGGCCAAGUGGCUGGAUAUGUAUGGGGUCGAUAUGCAUGCUGUCAGGGCUCGAGACGGCAAUGAGUAUAGCCUGGGUCUGACCCCCACCGGAGUGCUGGUCUUCGAAGGGUCCAAUAAGAUCGGCCUGUUCUUCUGGCCCAAGAUCACGCGUCUGGACUUCAAAAGGACCAAGCUGACGCUGGUUGUGGUGGAGGAUGACGAGCAGGGCCGGGAGCAGGAGCACACCUUCGUGUUUCGGAUGGAGCACCCCAAGGCCUGCAAGCAUCUGUGGAAGUGUGCAGUGGAGCACCACGCCUUCUUCCGGCUGCGCGGCCCAGUCCAGAAGAGCUCCUCCAACUCUAGCUUCAUCCGCAUGGGCUCCCGCUUCCGAUACAGUGGGAAAACUGAGUACCAGGCCACGAAAGCCAGUAAGGCACGUAGGGUGGCCUCCUUCGAGAGAAGGCCCAGCCAGCGCUAUGCCAGGCGCACGCUGCACGCUGCCAACCAGAGCCAGGAGGAACAGAAUGCGGGAGUGAAUCGGGACGUGAUCACCAAGCCCCACGCCCCUCGGUCUGCGAUACCUCCCGGGGACCUUGGCCCCAUGCAGAUACAGACCCUUCCCGGAAGCCCCCGUGCCUUGCAUCCGGAUAAGAGGAGGCUCCCCCUGCUGGUAGACGUGGCCAGCAUGCUGGAGACGGCUGUCGACGAAGGAGCCGGUAGCCUGGUGGCUAUGGUGACGGCAGGCUCCGCGGAGAACGUCGGCGCCGCGGGAGUCCGCGCGGCGGCUGGCGGCGUCGCGGGGGAUGGAGUUUCGCGGAGCGAGAUGGCCCUCAAGCUGAAGCAACAACACACUGAGACUCAGACCCACCCAAAUCCGCUCAGGUCUGACAUCAGUGUCCACACAAGCAAUCAGAUCUCAUGGGACGAGCCCCCAGUGGCCAUGGAGAGGAACUGCACCCUCCCUGAAGCUGCAGCCAGGAAGAGAGGGAAGAACGGCGGCUCAUCGCUCUCGGCAGCUGGACAGACGGAGACCCGGGUCCGCUCUGACAACAGCGACAGGAAGGCCGGCUGGUACCAACACUCCCCUCUGCGGACGCCACCAGAGGCCAGGAGCGAGGUGGCCCCUGCCAAGGGAAGAGUGGAUCCUGUGGAGCUGCCAGUCCCUCCUCUGCCCGGGAAUCUGAUAGACCUCACCGAUCCAGUUCCUGCACUGCCGCCCAAACCAGUGAUAGCUCCUCGAUGGAUCGUCCCAGCAGCUGCAACUGGGGUCUGUGCUAACGGCCUUCCAGGCAGCAGCAGUGCAAAGAGGCCAGCGCUCUGUCCCGAUGAGGGUGCCCUUUCUGGCCGCGCUCAGUUCUCUCACACUGUGAUUGACACAAGCCCCAGCACUGUGACUCCUGAGGUGAGGAGGACCAGGACUCCCCGUCUGCUCUCCACUGAUCUCUGACGCCACAGGAUCCCACAACUGCUGGAAUCUUUGCCUCUUAACCUCUAUACAACAUUCCAAACUAACUUUUUUUAGCCUGGCAAUGGAUGCUAGGGACCGCGAAGCCGACAUGACCACAGAAUGUUCUGGUGCCCAAAUGCCCUCCCCUGGCAUCUUCCCCCCAAAUGCUCCACAUGAGGUGAGCCAGCCUUGUCCUGAGAGAGGAAGAUGGUGGGAGUGCCCAGAAGUUUGGUGUGUUUUUUUUUUUUUAAACCAGAGAGGCUCUCUGAUUUGUUUCCCCAUCCACACAUGGUUUUAAAACCCCUUGACUACGGCGCUUAAACUUUUCCAGUGAAAUGAUCCCGUCUUGAAAGCAAAGACUGCGAGAAUACAGGAGAGUUUGGAACCUUCUGGACUGAAUUGGAUCGUGGAAUCUGUCACGUUUUAUUCUGUUUCCUGAGAUGAUGCUUCAUCUUUCUGAACAGGGCAAAAAAAAAAAUGUAACAAGUAAUUGUGUAUUUGGAUUUUGACAUAACUGCCAGCAUAUUGUUUUAAAAAGUCUUGUGGCUUAUUGAGGAGCAUUACGUCACCAGACAAUUGGAUCCCAUCUUUUGGCAAUUAAGCACUGAGGCUCUUCUGUAUUCUUGCAUAACUGAAAUUCCCUGUUUUUUUUUUUUAUAUAAAUGUUUCCAUCUAGUGUGUAAACACAGGCUGAAGGGUCAUGUUCUGGAAGACUGCACCAUGCCACCCCCAUUCACGAGUUUGAUCGGUGUGUGCUGGUGAGGCUUACGUAAUUUUUUUAUGUUCUUGUUUUUACGUUUACUUCUGUAUGAGUCUUAAAGGUCAGGCGAAUGCAGACAGCCUGUCUUCUGCAGACGUGUUUUUAUCUCUGUUCGGGAAGCACAAAAGCAUCAGUAAGCUAAUGUCCGUGCUUUUUAAAUUUGCCCUGUGACACUUUAUCUGAAAUUCCUGAAAGGAACAGAUUCCUUGGUAGGAGACAGUGCGAGUCAGAGACUCUGGGAUAGAUACAGUCACGUCGCCACUGUGCUGAAUCCUUAACCAUUCUACCUGUGGUCUGUGCACAUCGAUAGCGUAGCAUGUAGUUAGAAGGUAAUUUCACUAAGUGCAAUUUUCUGUAGUGUGUCUUUUUUUAAGUACACCCUGUUCACUGUGUAACUCCUUAAUUGGAAAGGCUGCUGUAAAACAGGAAGUAAGUGCUGGUGUCACAUUUUAAGUAAAAAUGUCCUGGAAACAA